UUGAAGCACGUGGGUUGUUGUGUUUGCUCCACUGCCGCCAUCCUGUGGAGUCAUUUCAGCACCGCUUCUUCUUCGCUUUCCGUUCAGUUUGGACCUAGCAGGUAGCCGUAGAGGAGGAAACGUCGCCUUAGCAACGGAUAGAGUUAGGAUCAAUGAGUAGCAGCAGGAUUCUCCUAAACUGGGUUUAUUUCUCAUAAAACAAAGACGCCUUGAAUCCCCAGGUUAUUAAGUGAAGCCGUGAUGGCUACAAGCACCCCGUCUGUGUUUCUGCUCACGGUGAACGGACAGAUUGAGGGAGCAAACUUUCCAGAGUAUGACAACUUGUACUGCAAAUACUGUUUUGUCUACGGCCACGACUGGGCUCCCACCUCGGGGUUGGAGGAAGGCAUCACUCAAAUAACCUGUAAAGGCAGUCAGUCUUCACACAAAUUAAUAUGGAACUUCCCACUGGAGACAACAUUUAAGAGCACAAACCCCUCCGGAUGGCCUCAGCUCGUGGUGAGCGUGUACGGUCCAGAUGUGUUUGGCAACGAUGUGGUCAGAGGCUAUGGAGCAACACACAUCCCCUUCACAGCUGGACAACAUACACGAACCAUCCCCAUGUUUGUUCCCGAGCCCACGUGGAGACUUCAGAAAUUCACGAGCUGGCUGUUGGGACGGCGGCCUGAGUACACAGACCCUAAAGUAGUGGCCCAGGGUGAAGGCAGAGAAGUGACGCGGGUUUGUUCCCAAGGCUUCGUCACAGUCUCCUUUCACAUCAUUACUAAAGACAUGAAGAAACUAGGUUACGACACGGGACCAUCGAGCCCUACAGACACGCCGUCUGCCACAUCUGGCUGGUCGACAAAGGAACAACCGUACAACAUGUGACAACAUAAGAGACUGUUUUAGAGAGAACUAAUCGAUGGAUUUUUAAAAAAAUUUGAAUGCCCUCAAGGACAUUUGGCCCCCAGCGAAACAAAAUCACAACACUCAGGUUACAUAUAAAAUGACUCAUGUGCUAAAUCCACAAUACUGCAAUGCCACAGUCACUUCAGAAAUAAAAAUGCAAGAGUUCAAGGGACAACUCUGAUCAAUCAGAACACACAUACAAACACUCCUAUACCUAAUGUUUUUUUAGUAAAAAUGAAAUUAUAUGAAUGAUUUUAUUAGAUGUUUACAAAUAUAAGCAGUUUCAGAUGAAUUUUUCAGUUUUACUACAUUUUUUACUUUUUUAAAUAAAUGGACUUUGCCUUCAAAUUGUUUGUGUUUGAAUGUAUUUAGCAUAUAUUGUCACAUCACUGUGGGUGUUUUGACUAGAGCUGCAAGGAUUAAUAGAUUAGUUGUCAACUAUUACAUUUAUCAAAAACUAUUUUGAUAAUCGGUUUGAGUAAUU